AAAAAUCCUGCUGCUCUACUAAGUUGUUCAGACCUCUAAAAGUGAAAGCAGGAUAUGCCACAUUUAGUACUCUACACUCACUGUGAAUUGUUCAUAUGAGUCAAGGAGACAACAUGACAGCUACAAGUCAACGGAGCGACUCAUUAAGAUCAGCUAUCAGACCCAGAAGCCUCUUCAACAGCAUCAAGUUCUUUGUGCUCUGUCAUGGGAUGCUGCAGCUUGCCCAGCUGUUGGUAUCUGGCUCUUUGAAAAGCUCCAUAUCCACAAUUGAGAAAAGAUAUGGCCUCUCCAGUCAGAAAUCUGGUCUUCUGGCCUCUUUCAACGAGGUGGGGAAUACAGUUCUUAUUGUGUUUGUGAGUUUCUUUGGGAGUCGCGUACACAGGCCUCGAUACAUUGGGAUUGGUGCACUGAUCGCCAGCUUGGCCUCCUUCCUCAUAGCACUGCCACACUUUCUCUGUGGACAGUAUGAGUAUGACACUAUAAGCAACACUAUGGACAACAGCUCUGGUCUCUGCAAGUUAAAUGCUGAAUCAGCCAAUGUGACAUGCAGCACAACUGACAGUCAGACUCACCAACCAGCAUUUCCUAUUCUGCUCAUGGGGCAGUUACUCUUAGGCAUUGGUGGUGUACCCAUACAACCCUUUGGAAUUUCCUACAUAGAUGACUAUGCAAGCAAGAAGAAUUCUCCAAUGUACCUUGGCAUACUCUUCACUGUGACUGUAAUUGGGCCAGCACUGGGCUUCAUGUUGGGGUCUUUCCUGCUGCGUUUCUAUGUUGACAUUGAUAAGAUUUUGUCUGAUGGGGAUAUUCUGAUGAAUGAGGACCCUAGAUGGGUUGGUGCGUGGUGGAUGGGCUUCCUCGUGGCUGGAACUCUCCUCUUUCUCACUUCCCUGCCUUACUUUUUUUUCCCAAGGGAAAUGCCAAAAGAAGAUUCCAUGCAGAUGUGUGAAGACUCCAAAUCAGAGAAGCUGGUCGCAGAGAAAAAACAGAAAGACACUGUACAAAUCCCUUCGCUUGGCCAGUUUCUGAAAAGUUUCCCUCACAUUGCCCUGAGAACCCUACGCAACCCAGUGUAUCUGCUCGUCGUGUUGGCACAGGUGAACCUCGCAGCCAUGGUCGCUGGACUGGCCACAUUCAUGGCAAAGUUCAUUGAAAAACAGUUUACGAAAACAGCUUCUUUCUCCAGCCUAAUGAUCGGGGCUGUCAGUUUGCCGUCAGCUAUGCUGGGCAUCAUGGCUGGUGGGCUGAUCAUGCGCAGAGUCCGGCUGUCUGUGAAGGCUUUGGCCAUCAUGUGCUCCAUCGCCGUGUUUGUGAGCAUCAUUUUUGCCUUGCCACUACUCUUCCUUGGUUGUCCAACACAGCGGAUCUCCAGUCUCCAUGAAGAUCCCAUCCAGGAAUGUAUUUCAGCAUGUUAUUGCUCAGAUGAAGUCUUCAACCCUGUGUGUGGCUCAAACGGAGUGGAGUUCAUCUCACCAUGUCAUGCAGGUUGCCAGAAAAUGCUGAAUGACAGUGCUGGCAAAGUUUUGGGGUACGAGAACUGUGCCUGUGUGGGAGCAGGUGAUGCUCUGGGCUCUGCCAGUCCAGGAACAUGCGGAAGUGGCUGCGCACAUCUCAUCUUCCCAUUCAUGGUGCUCUCCUCUCUCACCUGUUUUGUGGCUUCCUUUGCUCACACCCCUUCGUUUAUGAUGAUUUUAAGAACAGUGGUCCCAGAAGAUAAGUCAUUUGCCUUGGGAAUUCAGUUUAUGCUCUUCAGAGUACUAGCAUUCCUGCCAGCCCCUGUCCUGUAUGGAAGUGCUAUUGACUCCACCUGUAUUCUAUGGGGAAAGAAAUGUGGAAAGAACACAUCGUGCCAUUACUACGAUUUAAAACUUUUCAGAGAGCGAUUUUUGGGCCUUCAGACGUUUUUUGUAUUCGGGGGGCUGGCCUGUUUCUUCCUCUCCUUCUUAGUGCUGAGAAAACAUUCGGCAAAUGAGGAACAGCAAACCGUGGCCAUGACUGACAUGGCCAAACAGGAGAAAGGUGUGGAGCUGAAGACUCCAAACAGUUGCUGAACAAGUCAAGUCAAAUGGACAUAAAGAUAUACUGUGGACAUAAAGAUAUACUGUGGACAUAAAGAUAUACUGUGAAUGAAACGUGAACAAAAAUAUGAGCGAGUGGAGGCAGAUGACCUUGUAGGUGAAGGGAAGGAUGAGAGGGUGAAAAAAGAGGAGUAUAGGACAGGGAGGGAACUGAGAGAUGUUAAUUCAGUAAGAUCUAGCUAAUAAUAAUACAACUUUUAUUUGGAAUAGCACUAUUAAUAAAAACACAGUGUGUUUCACAUUACUGAGAACAGUGAGAGUGUGU